CUGGCAGGCUAGCUAAGCUAUCAAAACUGUUCAGCGCCCACACGCCAGGCAGUGCAGUGUGGGUCUGUACAGCCAAGCGCCAAGACAAAAAGAGGGGUGAUUGGUUCAAAAAAGGCACCUAGCCGUGGCGCUAGGUACCCGCAACUCUCAUUCCUACUCGAGUACCUAGUUAUCAACACCAAUUCCCAACAUUGUCUUCAACUUCCUAGGCGCGGUAUCACGCAAUGGAAAGUAAUGUCCCCUAUGCUUUGCGCGUGGUUCAAAGUGCGAACUUGCGACAUCCUGAUUUACCUCUGGUAGAAAUAUUCCUUCAGAAUGCUGCAGAUUCCGAACAGGCGGCCAGGUACUUCUUGCAGACCUACACAGAUGAUGUAGGGGGGAGCAAAUUUACUCAAUUUGCUGACGACUGGAAAUGUCUUGUCAAGAAGUGUAUGUUUUGGGUCAUAUCUUCUAGGAUGGAGUAAACUAAAUCAGAACAGCUUAUAUCGAAAACCCACAUUCAAAAUACUUGGAUUCGAUUACCAAGCGAGCAGUGGCCCAGCGAGACAACAAUUCAUGUUGUAUUCUUGGGACAAGGAGCCGAUUUUGGAAUUCUUCAGGGCUAUUUCCGGUCAUUCCUCUGACUGCAUUCUACAUCAAAGAAGUAUGAAAACCUUGUAGAUCAUAUGGUUUCCAACAUCUGACUAGUAGCAGAAACGCCUCUAUGAUCUACUUGGAGCUUUCAUUGGCUCUUCACAUCGCGAUUUUCUCCUUUCUGCUCGAGAUGGAGAUUCAAUUUCUCCUCGAAACCAUUGGUAUCUGGGCAAAUCAGUAGCAAUGUCUUUUUCUACGGGAGAACUUCAACUUGAGCACAUAAGCAAUGCAAUGGUAAGUCCAUGACUACAGCGUUGUAUUGCUAGCUAAUACAACCAGUAUGACAUUCGCCAUAAUAGUGGGGUCAACUCAUCGCCAUUCAUCAUAUUUAAGAGAAUCUGUCACUGGCAGUGCAAUUUGAUAGAUCACUCAGCCACUGGGAUUCAGAGUCCUGAUUCGAGGCUGCUCGAGAUUCAUCGUCGAUUUGCUCCUGCCAUGAGAUGGACCGAUAUUUCUGCGAAGAUGGAACGGCGUAAACCACGCACGCACAAACCGCCAAAUCGCAAUGCCUUUUCCGAAAUACUCAUCAAAAGCGCUCUCACAAUCUGGAAGAUCUUUCCGGACUUUAUCCGACUGCAAACGUACAAAAUGCUAGCGUAUGCUGGUCUUCGUUUAUAUGGAAAGGCUACUAGACAGGUCCAAAGACUGCCAUUCGGCAUGUUUAUGAAGUUUGAUGCCCAAGAAAGAUUUUCUCCUCGCAUUAUGAAUGAGUUCAAUGCCUUGACACGUCCAUAAUAAAACUUCAAUUCCAGUUCCACGCCCUAUUGACCUAAUUGUCACAUCAAACGGGUCAUAUUUGAUAUCUUCACAAAUCAAGGGAGUUGGUGCUGGUUACGCACUUGACGAAUGCAGUGACGAAGAAAUGCAUGUCAUAGCCCAAGAUUUACAAAAGUACAUCGCGGAGUUGCGGACAAUUCAACAGAAACCAGAUUCAACCUAUGCAAUAUCAAAUCCUUCAGGUGGUCCAUUUCUUGAUUAUCGAAUCGAUGUCUCGCCUGUAGGUCCAUUUCCCACUGAAAGGGAUUUUAGCGACUCGUUGAGACUUGGUGGUGCCCCUGAUGUUGUGCAUCGGGAUGACCACCAAAUCGUCUUUACACACGCGGAUAUCAAUUUGAGGAAUAUCAUUUUGAGAGAUGGCAGGAUCGAAGGUAUUGUAGACUGGGAGAAUGCAGGUUGGUAUCCAGAGUACUGGGAAUACACGAAAUGCAGAUUCGGUGUACGGGUUUCAAAGAGGUGGUUGAAGAUGUUAGAAGAGCUAUUUGAUCACAAAUAUGAGGAGGAGCUAAAGAUUGAGCAGGUGUACUGGGAAUUGGACUCGGGUAUGUAG